AUGAUGAAUCUUCGACUAAGCGCAGCCUUUGCUGCGGUGACGUUGAUUCUUCUGGUCUUUCUGCAACUGUUGGCAAUGGUGCAACAGACCGAGCAAAUUCCCGAAUCCAGCUUUACUCGAAACUUCAACAAGUGGAAGAGCAGAGCGAGUGCUGCAGCAGCAGCCGAUAAUCUAUUUCUGGUGGGUGCCGGAAAGGCUGAUGUGACAGGUCCGGUAGUCGAGGUUGAUUUCAACGGUUAUGCUAGCCUAGAUCAACUGGGCACGGGUCUUCGCCAGAGAAUAUAUUCACGUGCUUUUAUAUUCGCAGACCCAAAUACUCCUGAGGAUACUUUCAUCUACUUGGUUCUGGACACUCUUGCAGGUGACACUGCUGUGCGAGAUGGAGUCUUGCGGGGACUUGCAGCGCUGGGGAGCGACUAUGCACGCUAUGGCGCACACAACAUUGCACUGACGGGCACACACUCUCAUUCUGGACCUGGAGCAUGGAUGAACUAUUUACUACCUCAAAUUCCGACCAAGGGAUUUGAUAAGCAAAGUUACCAGGCGAUUGUCGAUGGCACAAUCCUGUCCAUUCAACGUGCGCAUGCAAAUCUUACCACAGGGCGCCUAUCCUUUGGGUCCAUUGACCUUGAAGAUGCCAAUAUCAACCGUAGUCCAUACUCAUAUGAUCAAAACCCCGAGGAAGAAAAGGCUCGCUACUCAGCCAAUGUGGACAAGACAAUGACCCUCCUUCGUUUUGACCGAGACUCUGAUAACAAGACUACUGCUGUUUUGACAUGGUUCCCAGUCCACGGAACAUCCAUGUACAACAAUAACACUUUGGUUACUGGGGACAACAAAGGUGUGGCAGCCUAUCUCUUCGAGCGCAGCAUAGACGGGGAUACCAGGUUCGCAGACAAUGCGGUUAUUGGAUUUUCCCAGUCCAACGUCGGAGAUACCAGCCCCAACGUCUUGGGUGCCUGGUGCGAGGAUGGCUCUGGGAAGAUGUGCACAUAUGCAGACAGUACCUGCGGUGGCACAAAUGAGGCAUGCCAUGGCAGGGGCCCUUUCUUCCGAGUCAAGGAUAACGGCGCGAAGAGUUGUUUCGAAAUCGGCCGGCGCCAGUACUCGGCGGCUAAAUCACUUUACGAGCAGAUGACUACCAAUGCGACCAGCAUCACCGGUAGCUCAGGUAUCAGGUCAUUCCACGUAUUUAAGGAUCUGAAUGGUUACACCUUCCCGUCUCCGUUUAAUGGCAGCACUUUAACGACAUGUCCUGCGGCUCUGGGGUAUUCAUUUGCUGCUGGAACCACCGAUGGCCCAGGAGCCUUCGAUUUCACUCAAAAUUCGAGUAGCCCAGCCACUGGAAACCCACUGUGGCUCGUCGCUCGGGCGUUCAUUCAUCAGCCCAGCGCGGAACAGGUCAAAUGCCAGGGGGCCAAGGACAUUCUCCUGGAUGUCGGAACUCUUACAUUACCGUACGCUUGGGCCCCAGACAUUGUGGACAUUCAGGUUCUCCGAUUGGGGCAGCUGUUCCUCAUCAUUUCGGCCAGUGAAGUGACGACUAUGUCGGGCCGUCGCUGGAAGGACGCUAUUUCCAAGGGUGCCCAGGACACGCUGGGUAUCUCUGACCCUCAGGUCGUGCUAGGGGCCCCGUCUAACAGCUAUGCUCAUUACGUUACCACAGAAGAAGAAUACAGUGUACAGCGAUACGAAGGAGCAUCGACAUUGUAUGGUCCGAAUGAGCUUGCAGCCUACAUUAACCUCACUCUGACAUACCUGCCGUACCUCGGUAGCGCUGACGACCUUGCGAGUCUCCCGGCCAUCGGCGCAGGCCCUAGCCCACCUGUCAAUACCAACAACUCCCUGAGCUUCAUUACCGGUGUGGUUUACGACAACGCUCCUCUUGGAAAGUCCUUCGGGGAUGUGAUUUCGAAUCCCAGCAGCAGUACUUAUGCAGCGGGUGAUAUUGUUAACACGACCUUUGUUGGCGCCAAUCCUCGGAAUAAUCUUCACCAGGAAUCCACAUAUGCAGCAGUUGAAAUACAUAACUCGAAUUCUGGCGACUGGGAAGUGGUGCGAGACGACCGUGACUGGAACCUUCUCUUCUUGUGGGAACGAACCAAUAGUAUUCUCGGAUACAGCGAUGUCACAAUUCAAUGGACAAUCGAGGACAGCUAUUACAGCGUCGAUAGCCCGAAUGCGCUGCAGGCUGGAACCUAUCGCAUGCACUAUUACGGAGACUCAAAGGAUGCCCUUGGGAAUAUUUCACCCUUUGAGGGCAUUGGGGGAUCCUUUACUGUGGCGUCUUCGUAA